AUGGAAACCCUUGUCAUGCGGGGUGGAGAAGGUGGUAGGAAGAAAGAUUGUAGAAAAGACCAAUCAGUGUCACGGGAAUGCGAAGGAGAGAGAAGGGAUGGGAGGGAUCUUUAUAGAUCGCUGAUCUCUCCUGGAUGGCAUCUUCCCUGCACUACGGUACAUUAUUCUUCCUCGGCGAUGCCUGGCACUUGGAGUGCGGAGCCGAUGUCUGCCCUCAGUGGCAUGACCCUGAUAACGAUGCCAGUCGGGGCUCGGCGGAAGAGAUCUUCUCCCCUCGCUGGCGUCAUAGUUCCGGCCCGUCAGACCAGGAGCUGGGGUCCCCAAUCAGAGGCGGGGACUCCUAUAUUGUCCAGCUCGAACCAUGGUGCUACUCUUACCGGGGUACUUUCUACUAAGCACAGAAAAUCUAGCAUUAUUGGCCAUAGCGGCGACAGGACUUCGCGCGGGAAAAGGUCGGAGAGGCAGACACCACACGGCCGAGGUGCAGCCCGGGGUGUCUGCUUUGAGGCGGUUUCACUGGACUUUGCGACAGGCAGUGGAGUAGACCAGAUGCAAAAGCAUGCACAGUCACCUGCUCAGGCUAACCCGAUCGGCACGACUGCUGUCAGCCGGGGCCGGCGGACUAGGGAGGGCGGCCAACUGGUUUCUGCCUGCAUUCUGCCGCCCUUCUCCGGCCGGGCUCAGCUCGAGUGUCAACUGACAACGUCACUUUACGCCUGGCUAUCGUUCUCUAACGUCAUGGUCCAUGUGGUCGCUGCCAGAUGUCCUCCCUCAUGGUUUUGGAGACGAUAUCGGCUCGGUCCUUGCAGCCCAGUGUCUAGCCUCUUGGCUACGAAGCUAAUCCGCAGCCGGCCAACCUCUGUCGGCUUGAAACCAGGCAGCUAUUCCGUCUCCUUGUGCCGCCUGGCCUCGCAUCCCGGCCUCCCGAUGCAACCCGACGCCACACCUACUGUCGACCCGAGGAACGACAUCGCGUCGAGGGGAAGAAUUAUGAUACGCCUCGACAAGGUUCACGCAGAUUUACGGUUCGGAUAA